AUGUCUUCUAUGUCAAAAAACCAAAUUAAUAAAGAUCUGGAAUUAACUUUCCCUUACGCCCCUCAGCCUGAUAUAGUUCGAGCAAAUCAAAAAGAUGUUUAUUACCAAAAGAUUCUAGAGGAUCAAAUAUCAGACGUUUUUCGAUUGUUCUUUGGCACUCAAACAUUGGGUGAAGAAUAUUGUGAUAUAAUGCAGAUUUCAGAAACAUCUAAACAAGUCCCAUCUACAAAGCAUCGUGCAAUAUUGUUAUUCUGGCAUGUGGUUUUUCCAUAUCUGUACACACGGGGCAUCACUAAACUGCGUUGGCAUUCACGUUCGCCAACAAAUAAAUUACGUGAAUUUAUUCACACAUUGCUUGCAAUUAUCCCAUCAUUUCUAAAAAACAAUAUCCAUGCAUUGCAUCUUGCUAUAUUUUAUUUUUACGGUGCUUACUACAAUUUAUCAAAACGGGCGAUAUUUAUCAGACAGUUGAAUCCUGGGGAGAAACGUAUCGGAUACGAAGUUCUCGGAUUUUUGCUUAUUACUCAAAUUUUUGUUCAGGCAUAUCUUCAUGAAAGACGCGUAAAAGAUGCUUCUGCUGAAAAUAGUAGUUUAGACAAUAACGAUGAGGGCACUGAUAAUGAAAUAGAUUUUACUUUGAUAUCAACUUCGGACCUCACGCCUCAAGAAAUUGCAGCUCGCAAAUGCACUCUAUGUCUUUCACAGCGUAAAAAUACAACAGCGACUACUUGUGGCCAUUUGUUUUGUUGGUCCUGUAUCAUUGAAUGGUGCCAAAAUAAG